AUGGAUGCGCAAGAGGACACGCACGACACCACCUGUUCUCUUCAAGACGCGUUCCAAACGUUUCUAGAAAAGAAGCGAGCCGAACGGGCAAAGAUUGCGGCUCGGGCCAAGCCCAUUCAACGCACCCAGGCAGAGAAGGAUAGACUUCGCAGGCUCUUCAUUGAGAAAGCCAUGGGCUACUGCGGUACACCCUACUCUCGCAAAGAGCAUCCAGAAGGCUCCGAACUGGCUGCCUACCCCCUUCAGCUUGACUGUUGCGGACUCAUAAGACAGGCUCUAAUGGACUUAAAGGACGAGUUUGGUUUUGAGCCCCUGCCCUACAACCAAGCAUAUCAAUUUGACACCCUCCCCCUCCGCUAUGACACCCAUGACCUUAUCCGCGAAGGCGACCUCAUUUUCUAUGAGGGGGUUUACUUCAACAACAAAAAACGGCCGCAAAAGCACGACAUGGUGCAUGUGGAGAUCUAUCUUGGCGGGGAAGCAACCCCUGAACGUUGUCUCGGGAGCCGGUUUCGCAAGCAAGUGGUUAGUGUGUUUGAUAGCUACAAGUUCAAGAGCACUGUUUGGGAAUUGAAAAAGCUCCACUUUUGCUCCAUUGACACCUGGCUGGACGGAGUCUGUAAGUCCGUCUGUCCACUGCACCAAUGGGAAAGGGCCACCGUGGGAUUUACCAGGGGUAGUAUCUUCGAGCCUCUCGGGGAGGAAGACCUAGUUGCUGACCCUGAGGAUGCUUAA